AUGACACAGAGAAUUACCAACUGUUUACUUUUGUUGGCAUCAGUGUUGACAUGGAGGAACUAUAUCAUCAGCUACAAUGAGAAGUUCAGAGAAUACCUCACCUAUGUGCCACCAUCAUCCCUGCUCGACUACUUGCUAGACAGUGACUCACUUCCAGAGCGAGCAACAUUCAGUGAUGUGCUUGGACUCUGUCUACAAUACCUAGAACGUGUGAUAGCCAUUGGCCUGGCAUUCUAUUGUCUACUCUUCUGUUAUCGCUUGAGCAUCAAGAUCUCCAACUCUCUGACAAUCGGUUGGCCUGUCAACGCUUCCAACAAAAGAAUGCUAGCACCACUUCUGACACACCGAAUCAACAUAUCUUAUCAGAGGAGGCAACUGCGAGUCGCUCAUCUGCUCAUUGCUGGAUGUCAACUGAUCUACUGUCUCACCGUCCUACAUACUGAUGGUGGUAUCUUCUGUGGCAUACCACCUCAUCAUCCAAUGUUCAUCUAUCACUGUUACCAAGGAUCAGAGUACUUCUUCCUCAAUACAUUCCCCUUCCAACUGCUCGUUCUCAACGAGCUAUUCCUCUACUCCAACCGCCGAGACAACAACAGUCAUAUACAUACUGAUUAA